AUGGGGUUAUGUAGGCACAAGUCGAAUGGUGCCACAGAGGAGGCAUUCAAGCCAUCGGUCAACUUCAGAACUAUCUCGGUGGCCUCGUCCUGCCGCGGUGCUGAAGGGGUCACCUACUUCCGUCUCUGCGUCGCCCUCACCCUAGCCUCGAGCACCCUUGCUCAGUUCGUCUUCGGUGGCUACAAUCCCGACUAUGGUGUUGGUCUGACAAGCUACAACGGUGGCUACAACCUGGACCCCGGUGUUGGCCUGACAAGCGGCUGUUUUAUUCCCGAAAUCGGCUACCCCGGCUUCACCGGCUUUGGCGUCGGCCAAGGUUUUGCCUACGGACCAGCCGCCAGCUACGAUGUUGCCGCCCCGGCUGUUCCUGGUGCCGUCUCUGCCUACGAUGCUGCUCCAGCCCUGACCGCUGGUCAUGCUUCCUCAGCCUUCACUGCUGUCCACGCUGCGCCAGCUGUCGCUACUUACCCCGCCGCCCCAGUCGCCACUGUUGCCGCUGCUCCUGCCGUCUCCCGCUUCACCACCUACCCGUCCGGUCCACAUUUUGCCGCUGCCCCGGCUGUCUCCCGCUUCACCUACCAGACUGCCCCAGCUGUGGCUAAGUUCUACCAGAGCACCCCAGUGACCACUGCCGCCGUCUAUGCCUACGAUGCUGCUCCAGCCCUGACCGCUGGUCACGCUUCCCCAGCCUUCACUGCUGUCCACGCUGCGCCAGCUGUCGCUACUUACCCCGCAGCCCCAAUCGCCACUGUUGCUGGUGCUCCUGCCGUGUCCGGCUUCACCACCUACCCGUCCGGUCCACCUUUUGCCGCUGCCCCGGCUGUCUCCCGCUUCACCUACCAGACUGCCCCAGCUGUGGCUAAGUUCUACCAGAGCGCCCCAGUCACAGCUGCCACCGUCUCCAGCUACAAUGCUGCUCCAGCCCUAAGCGCUGGUCACGCUUCCCCAGCCUUCACUGCUGUCCACGCUGCGCCAGCUGUCGCUACUUACCCCGCUGCUCCAGUCGCCACUUUCGGUGCUGCUCCUGCCGUGCCCCGCUUCACCACCUACCCGUCCGGCCCACUUUUUGCUGCUGCCCCGGCUGUUUCCCGCGUCACCUACCAGGCUGCACCAGCUGUGGCUAAGUUCUACCAGAGCGCCCCAAUCACAGCUGCCACCGUCUCCACCUAUGAUGCUGCUCCUGCCCUAACCGCUGCUUACGCGUCCCGACCUGUCGCUGCUGCCCACACUACGCCAUCUGUCGCUUCUUACGCCGCUGCUCCAGUCGCCACUGUUGCCUCUGCUCCUGUCGUGUCCCCCUUCAGCACCUACCAGUUCGGUCCACUAUUUGCCGCUACGCCAGCUGUUUCCCGCGUCGCCUACCAGGCUGCCCCAGCUGUGGCUAAGUUCUACCGGAGCGCCCCAGUCACAGCUACCGCCCCUGCUCUCUUCAGCGCCACCUACCAGUCUGCUCCAACGGUCGCUACACACGCUGCCCCAGCUGUGACCACGGUCUUCCAGUCUGCCCCAGCUGUAAACCGAGUCACCCACCACGCCGCCCCAACUGCCCACAAGGACCAGAAGAACACCCCAGUUGUCGCCGCUGCCAAAGCUGUUGCCACUGUGGCCGCUGCGCCAGCCGGGUCUCACGUCACUACCUUCCAGUCUGCUCACACAGCCUCGACACACGCCGCCCCAGCUGCCACCAAGACCUUCCAGUCUGCCUCAGUUGUGGCUGCUGCACCAUCUGUGGCCACCGUUGCUCACGCUGCCCCGGCCUUCGCUGCGUCGCACACCGCCCCAGUCUACGGCUACGGCGCUGGUCACCACGGCCUCCGCCCCGGCAUUGGUGUGUACGGCCACAACCCCCUCAGCCGUAGGAGGAAGUAUGAUCACUCAAACGUACAUUCGGCCAAGGUUUGGCAGAUCAUUCUUGACCGAGGUACUGGGACCAAGAUUGAGUAUCUUGACCAAGGAUGA